UGACGUUGAUGCGAGCCAUGCCUGUGAGCAGCCCACUGCCGACCGGACCAGCUUGGAAUACACUCACCGUUUACAACUCUCCAUCUGUUUCCCUGCCGCUCAACUGGACCCGAGCUGGUUUGAGGAUUUUUUUUAAAACGAAAACUCUCUCAAACGGCUUCUUUCUUUACGUUUUUCUUUAAUUAAUUCGGCUGAAGUCUGCCCCACCAAAACUCGUAGUUCAUUCUUCCAAAUGUUGUCAGUCUCGCUUCGCGUGUGGGUAUAAGCCGGUUGGUUCCCGACUGCGUCCGGGUGGUCUACGCGGAAAAGGUUGCACCGGGAAUAUUUUGUCUUCAGUUAAAAUUCCUGGUUACCUUUUGGAAGCGCGUCUACUAUUUCCCCUACAAUGGCAGAUGCUAACACAGAAUGCAAUAUCAAGGUGUUGUGUCGAUUUCGUCCCCUGAACAAGUCGGAAAUUAUCCGCAGAGAUAAGUUCAUCCCAAUAUUUCAAGGAGAAGAUACCGUCGUCCUCGGGGGGAAGUCCUAUGUGUUUGACCAAGUGUUCCCCACCAACACCAGCCAGAUACAGGUCUACAACACCUGCGCCAAGCAGAUUGUCAAAGAUGUACUGGGUGGAUACAAUGGGACAAUAUUUGCCUAUGGGCAGACUUCUUCUGGAAAAACGCACACCAUGGAGGGGAACCUUCAUGAUCCUCAGGGAAUGGGAAUCAUUCCCCGGAUUGCAGAGGACAUUUUUGAACAUAUAUUUGCCAUGGAUGAGAACCUAGAAUUUCACAUAAAGGUCUCCUACUUUGAGAUCUACAUGGAUAAAAUCCGGGACCUGCUCGAUGUGACAAAAACCAACCUGUCAGUGCACGAAGACAAAUACAGAGUUCCUUAUGUGAAGGGCUGCACAGAGCGCUUCGUCACGAGUCCCGAGGAAGUGAUGGAUGUGAUCGAUGAAGGCAAGGCCAACCGACAUGUUGCUGUCACCAACAUGAAUGAGCACAGUUCCCGCAGUCACAGCAUCUUCCUGAUAAACAUCAAACAAGAGAACGUGGAGACGGAGCUGAAGCUCUGUGGCAAAUUGUACCUGGUCGACCUAGCUGGGAGUGAGAAGGUCAGUAAGACGGGUGCAGAGGGAGCUGUGCUGGAUGAGGCCAAGAACAUCAACAAAUCUCUGUCUGCCCUGGGGAACGUCAUCUCAGCCUUGGCUGAAGGAACGAAAUCUCACGUCCCGUACCGUGACAGCAAAAUGACUCGCAUCCUACAGGACUCGCUGGGCGGGAACUGUCGCACCACCAUGUUCAUCUGUUGCUCUCCCUCGAGCUACAACGAUGCAGAGACCAAAUCCACCUUGAUGUUUGGCCAACGAGCCAAGACCAUCAGAAACACCGUCACAGUGAACCUGGAGCUCACAGCGGAGCAGUGGAAGAAGAAAUACGAAAAGGAGAAAGAGAAGAACAGGUCGUUGAAGGAGACUGUUCAAAGACUGGAGGCUGAGCUGAAUGGUGAGGAUGCCGCUGUGUUAGAACCUGUGAGCCCAGGAUCGGAAGACGUCUCCCUGGUGCCUCCUCAAUCUGAGGUGCUGCUCCUCGACAUCUGCAGUCCCUGCAGCCCUUGCUCCAUUGCCUCCUCCAUUGUCGUACACAUCUCUGAGGAGGAGCGGCAGAAGUAUGAGGAGGAAAUCCGCAAGCUUUACAAACAGCUGGAUGAUAAGGAUGACGACAUCAACCACCAGAGCCAGAUGGUGGAGAAACUGAAGGAGCGGAUGCUUGACCAGGAGGAGCUUCUAGCGUCAUCCAGGGGAAACAGCGAGAGGGUGCAGUCGGAGCUCGGCACGCUGCAGACAGAGAACGAAUCUGCUAAGGCCGAGGUGAAGGAGGUCCUGCAGGCCCUGGAGGAGCUGGCGGUCAACUACGACCAGAAGAGCCUGGAGGUCGAGGAGAAGAGCGCGCAGAACAAACUACUGGCUGAAGAGUGUGCAAAGAAAAUGGCUCAGCUCAUGGCUUCAGAGGUGGAGCUGGCUCGUGUCAAGGAAGUGAGCGGCCACCAAAGGAAACGCAUCUCUGAGAUCCUCAACGGGCUGACGAGGGACCUGAGUGAGUUCAGCACCAUCCUCGGAAACAGGGACAUCAAGCUGCACAUGGAGGUCACCGGUGCGAUCGAGGAGGAGUUCACAGUAGCUCGCCUCUACAUCAGUAAGAUAAAGUCGGAGGUUAAAUCAAUGGUGAAGCGCUGCCGCAACCUGGAGAACCUUCAAACAGAGUGUCACCGCAAGAUGGAGGAGACGGGUAGAGAGCUGUCCUCAGGUCACCUCCUUGUUUCACAGCACGAGGCAAAGAUCCGCUCUCUAACGGACUACAUGCAGAACGUGGAGCUGAAGAAGAGGAAGCUGGAGGACAGCCACGACUCACUGAGCGAGGAGCUGGCCAAACUCCAAGCUCAAGAGAGGAUGGCAAAGGUGACCGGCGGGGAGAAUCACUCGUGCGCCCAUGAUUCCUGUGAUAUGAAGAGGGCUCUGGAGCAGCAGAUGGAGUCGCACCGGGAGUCGCACAGCAAGCAGCUCGGGCGCCUGCGAGACGAGAUCAAUGAGAAGCGGGAGAUCAUCGCCGACUUAACGGAUUGUAAUCAGAAGCAGCAGCUGGAGUUGGAGCAACUGCACUGUGACUUUGAGUGUCUCCGGAGCCAAGAACAUCACAAGAGCCGACAGCUGGAGGAACUGACAUUUCUCCAUGAGCGGCAUGAGCAGUCGAAGAGGGACCUCAAAGGGCUGGAAGAGACUGUCGUAAGUCAUCAUUUACUGUCACGAUUCGCUUGGCUCCCUCAGAGGCCACGGAUCCACCAUAAAUACCCCUGCUGCUCUGACUAUUUACUCUCUCCUUUUAUACCAAAGGCCCGUGAACUCUACACCCUGCACAACCUCCGAAAGCUUUUCGUUCAAGACCUCACGACUCAAGUUAGAAAAAGUGCACAGAUGGAGCUUGAUGAAAGCGGGGGAUAUAUCAGCCAGAAACAGAAAAUCUCCUUUCUUGAAAACAACCUCAACCAGCUUACAAAAGUUCACAAACAGCUGGUACGUGACAACGCAGAUCUUCGCUGUGAGCUUCCGAAACUGGAGAAGCGGCUUCGCUCUACGGCCGAGAGGGUUAAAGCGCUGGAGGGAGCGCUGAAGGAGGCGAAGGAAGGAGCCAUGAAGGACCGCCACCGCUACCAGCAGGAGGUGGAGCGCAUCAAAGAUGUGAUGAGGACCCGCAACCCCUUCCGGAGGCCCCACGCUGCACAGAUCGCCAAGCCCGUGCGUCCCGGCCACUACCCACCGUGCUCCCCCACCAGCCCCUUCUUCAUCCGGGGCUACAGCCACCACCCCGUGGCCUCCUGCAAAGCCGAUUUCCACAACGUCAACGAGCAACAAGCAGCGGCUCCCGCUGCCCCCGCGGCGCCGGAGGGUGAGGCCAGGUUAGCCGAGGCCCACCCGGACCAGGUCGGCGCCGGCCGACACCUCGACUCCCAAAACGACGACGGGCAAGAGGGCAGCGUUCAGGACAACAUCCUCAGAGCCGAACCGCAGAGCGAAGCAGACAAGAACACGGCGGAGAUGCUCGAUUCAGAGAACGGAAACACCACAGAUAUCAAUGACAACAGCACGGCUCUCAAUGUGAAUUCUGGGUCCAGUACUGACGUCUGUGACAACCACGACCCAGACAAAUUCUUCAGCUUGCAGCCGAAGGCCUCAGCCAGCUAAUAGUCCUGGGGAGGCUCCCUCCAUCCUUUUUCUGAGGCCUCCUCUGUACAUCUGCAUGCAGCUGAACACCGUCCUCCCAGCCUCUCCUUCCUCUCUUAUCCUCACCUGCUGUGAGCAGACCUCAAUCUCUUCGGGGUCCCCUUUCCCGCCCCCUGCUUGCUUCUUCUUUUUAAAUAUGUUCUCCUUCCUCUACACGGAUGUGGGUUGUAUGUUGGUAUCAGUAAGAUUCAUGGCAUGCACUGCAUCUCAAAAAUGUGUGACUUGGCAGCUCACGCCCAUAUUGCUGCACCCUCCCUCCCAUGAAGGUGGGGAAGAGAAGGUGCAGGUCUGUAGGUGACCACUAGUAGGUGCUGUUUGCAUCAGUGAGGGUAUCACAGUGAACUGAAGGGCAAUGGUUCAAUUAACAACAGGCUUAAUCUUGAUCACUAUUACUGUUAUAUUAUGAUAAUUAUACGCAAAUGGAUCUGGAAACUCCACAGUGAACCUCAGGAUUACUGGCUAAUAUGUAUAAUUUAGAACUGUGCAUGUCAAAGUCAAUAUUAGGAGGGAAAGUGAGACUGCAUUACCACGAAAUGUUUAAAUCUAAAAAAAUAACUGUGUCAAUAUAAAUGGGGAAUUCAGUCUUAAAAACUGUUGUAUUUAAAGGAUUAGGCUUGUACUAUUUCAACUUUUUGUUGUUGUUAACAAAUCUCCUGAAAUUUCAGUCUCAAGCAAAGAUGUUUAAAACAGAUCAAUGAAGUAUUGUGUUAUUCUUUAACCAAACGGCUCAGUAAAAGCACCUUCUAGAACACAGGUAGAAAUUAGAUUCAUGGGGACCAUUUUCAGCUGUGGAUUCAUUCAAUUUAACCACAUGUGGUGUUCUAGUGAGUUUCUACAGCAGCAGGAUUGUGUGAGUGGGAUUGUCUGAAAAUAAACUGCAGCACCAUCAGACUUAUUAAAGCUUAUGCUUUUUUUUCUUUCUAGAAGCAGUUUCAGCCGUCACAGUAACAAUGUAGUCUAUAAUCUUGCCUGCAACAUUUUACACCAAAGGAAAUUAACUUUACAUAUAUUAUGCAGUUUAUUUCUAACUCCUCAAGUCAUGACAGUUUAGUAUUUUAGUACCUGAUGAGGAUAACUUUCGUACAUACACUCAAUAAAUGGUAACCCAUAUAUUCCAUAUACGUACACCCUAGCAAGUCACUCUUUCUGUGGAGGUCUUAAAGCCACUUUCUACCCAACCACGCAAGGACCCAUUGUGAAUAUCUUAAUGCUAAUAAGGGCAUUCAUCAGAAUAUCCUUCACCUAAAUGUUCAGUUGACUCAGUACGUCUUACUUUUGGUAAACUGCAUAAGUUGCAACUAGUUUGAAAGGCCACUUGGUGUAUCCCACCCGUAGAGUCAUAAACAGAGGGUUUCUGAUAGUUUUUUAAAUACUGAUUCUGUCGUAUAGUAGAGAGACUCUUAAGCAGUAAAUUGUCCCUAAAGAAAACAGCAUGGCAGGGACCGUCUGUGAGAUGUUCCGUCAUUGUCAUGACACCCAAAAGCAUGGCAGAGUGGAAAAAAAGAAAUGUGUAGCAACUAUUUUUAUACUGCUGGUUUUAGUUUAAAAUAAAUAAAUAAAUAUAUAGUAUUAAGCGUUUAGCUCUAUUUAAACUUUUUUUGCUAUAAAUUAUUAAAACAAAUCAUAAUUUAUAGCCGUUUCUGAAUGUGAAGUAUUUGUUUUGUAUGUGUGCUUUGAAUGUUUUUGGAUAUCGGAUUUCCAGGGUUUUGUCAUUGAAUGAAAAUGCAUGUACCCGUGCAGCGGCCGUUCCAAUGUUAAUGUCAAUGACUCACCCCACGGUUCUGUAUGAAGCACCUUGGAUCGAAACCAAAGUCCUGAUUAGAGUGAUUCAUCUGAAGAGGUCUCUAUAAGUUCUGAUCGAGCCAUAAACCAAAGGUCACUGUAGGAUACUCGGCCCUCUGACUCACACAUAGAUGGCUUCAUCAGACAAUCAGGUGUUUGACCUUUGACCCUCACGUGUAGCUAUAUCACACAUGCCGUGUUCUAUGGGUGCAGCCAAAGUUAUCUGAGCAGAUAAGUUGAUUGACUCUAUGCAGACACACACACACACAAUGAUGUUCUGGUCGCCCUUCAUACUUUCGUGAUGAGCUCCUGAUCAGCCAGUCAGGAUGAGAGCAUCAAGGGUGAUAGUACUGUAAGUAUCAGUUUUGAUUGUCAAAAAAAUAGUAUUUUUACCUGCAGCUGUAAAGACCGUGAAGCCCAAGAUUUUGAUUUUCAGUCACAUGAAAUGAACACCAUAUAAAUUAUAAGUUACCUACAAAUAAAAUCUGUCUCCUCUGUAAUUCUCGCCCCAUAUUUUUAGUAGUUGCCAUUUUAAUGAUAACAUAAACUGAAUUAUUACGUUACAUUGUGGGCUGUGAUGUCAAACGUAACUGAGAGAACCGCUUUUCUAUUUAGUUAUUGAUGCUAAUUCAUGAAGCACUUUAUCACAUUAUGUUCUUUAUGCUUCUAUUACUUCACUCAGCAGCUGUUAAGUCUGAUAAAAAGACAUUGUGCAACUUUACACAGUCACAGACAAGUGUUUGCAUAAGCUAAAGAAAUGUUGAAUGUGAACGGCCUUUUUAUAUCAAUUUUCUGUUAAUGAAUGACAACCACAAAGAAAACAAUUAUUCCUCCGACAUGUGCUGUGGUUGAAUACCGAGCUGUAAAUGUUUGGGUGAGAGUAUAUUUUCGAUUCCAUUGUUCCAUUUGUCAUUGUAACCAAACUGAAAAUAUUCAGGCAAGUUGAAUAAUGUGUGAAGCUGUAGCCUAAAAUAUGCAGAAAUCUAACUUGGCAAGAAUGGUAGGGUCGGAAAAAAAAACUGAUGCAAAAUGUUUGUUUGUACACGUGUGCGUCGGUCGGUCUGUUCAUAGUGUGGGAUUUAGUGCAUGCAGUACUUCUGUAGCUGCUGGGAAACAGUGUUGUUAUCUCCUUUAAAUAAAGAUGAUCCUAUGUCGUGUUAUUAUUACACUGUCUAUGUUCUAAAACAUAAAUGCAGACAUUUUCAAUUGCUUUUGGGGAGAAA